AUGCCGAAGAAAUUCAAAGAUGUUCGAAUAGUCUUAUUAGCUAAGAAAAAUGCCAUAUGCUCUCCGGAGGAGACUAGACCUAUUUCUCUGCUUGAUUCAUUCCUCAAAGUACAAGAACGAUUAUUUCUCGAUCGUUUUUUACAAGUAUUGAAGAACAGAGGUAUUUUACCCGAUUCGCAAUCUGGAUUUAGAGCUAAUCAUCGGCUACAAACAAGAGUAUUACUGUUGAUUGAUCAAAUCUCGUCAUAUAUGGCCAAUAGUUCACCGGUGGCUACUGUAUUCGUUGAUUUCAAGUCAGCCUUUGACCAGCUAUGGUUUUUAGGAUGUCUGGCUAAAGUUCGUCGUAUGGGAAUACCAAAAGCGUUUAUCAAUUGGAUAAGAGUCUGGCUGACAAAUCGUAGAGGGCGAAUUGAAGUAAAUGGUAAACUCUCAAGAUGGUUGGCUAUAUUACGUGGGGGUCCACAAGGUUCCUGUUUCACGCCAACGUUAUUUAUAACAUACCAUAGCGAUAUGGAAGAUUUUCUGCCCAUAGCAGUGUCGUUCUUUUUUGCGGAUGAUCUGGCAGCAGUGAUAGCUGGAAGAAUUGGAAUACGAUUUACCGACCAGUGUAUUGAUCUUGAACGACGUCUCCAUCGAUUCUUCGAGUACUUGGAAUUCUAUGCCACUUUAGCAGUUCAACCCAUAAAUUACUCCAAAACGAAAGCAAUGUUCUCGGCUAGGGCGGUCUGCUACCCGAACCCAUUACCAGAUUUACAUUGUGGAACCGCAUCCAUAGAAUGGGUCAAAAUAUUUAAAUAUUUAGGGUAUUGGAUCAGUACUAAGAUUGGUUGGGGUCAUAUUAUUGCAUAUGACGAGCGCCCGUUGGAUGACCUAUGUUAUGUCUAUUGGUUAAAAUUCUUCAGAGCUUUAGCGAAUUCGCGGGAUGGUUUCUUGCUAUUAGAACAGUUUUCAAACAAUGUCCAUAGAUCUCUGUGGCAAGGUGGUUCAUCUCGAAUUCGUUGUAUACAUAUAUCAAAGCGUUUUGUUUCUUCAACUAAUGUCCAUAUAACACUUGAAUAUGUUGUUGAGUUGAAUGACUACGCACACAAUAUUUAUACAGAAUUAGUGAUGAAACGACUGUAG